CGGAAGGCAUGACGACUAAUGAUAAUGACUACGUCAAAAAACUCACUCACUGAAAUACUAAUUUAAUAUUUUUUAAAAAUAAAUACCAAUUGAACUAAAUGGGCUCGAAAAAUUUAGUUACUAUUUAAAUGCCCGCGCGCUUUAAUUACAACCUUCCGGGUUAUUUAAAAAAAUUUUUUAUAAUAAUUUUUACAAUUGCCACGGAAACCAAUGAAAGUCAUAAUAUUUUUUCAGCUCCAAGUAUUGUUUAAACUUUCGCUGGAAUAAAACUAUUGUUUUGACAGCGAUAACAAAAUAACACGCAACAACUUAACAAUUACUCUAGUAAUAAUUACCAACUGCUCUACUCUACAAUCGCUAGUAUCCAAUUAAAUAUUUGUUGUUUUAUAUACAUGCCUCCAGUUCCUGAAACCCACUACCAUCAUACAUUUUAUUAAAUUUAAAUUUAAACUACUGACCAGUACGUCUGCAAUCGUUCAUAAAUAAUUGAAUUCAAAAUAUUUAAUAAACAAAACUUUAAGAAAGUGGCAAUUAAAGUCUUACUGAUCAGUAACUGAUUUUAAUUAAGAUCCAAAAAUAAAAAGAGAGGACUCGCCACUCGUAAUCAUCCCUGGUGGGGAUCGAACCCACGACCUUUGGAUUAGAAGUCCAACGCGCUAUCCUCUGCGCCACAGGGACCGGUGCGAGAAGUGAUUCAACAGCAACCAUAAGAACUUAUCAUCAUCAUUACCAACAAACUCUCCCAGAUGUCAGCACUUUCCACUCUCAUUUUUGUCCCAGUAUCGUACCUUCAGUUCCUGAUUCCUCGGUCCAAAAUUUCGAAUUCCCGCUCACCCACAACUUGACACUUUUUUGUCACAAUUUCCAAAACGACUUCCUGUCAUCUCUUCAUUAAACUGCCUCCAAAUUCUUCAUCAUCACUUAUUUAAAUUUUGAAUAGUGACAGAUUUCGCGGUGCCCGUGGCACCUAAUGACGUUGUCGACGUGUGACGUUCCUGUGUUACGUUCUCGUAGUCAACACAACGGUAUAGCUAUAGGAUACAUACACCAUAUACAUACCAAUACCAUAGAGCAGACAGCAACACCAGUACCAGAUAUCAGACACAGACACCGUAGCAGUAGCUCCCACUGAAACAAAAAAUAUAACUGGUGUUUAACGACGUGUGUGAGUUAAUUACUGGAGUAUAAUAAAAAAUAAUUGUUACUUUUUGUUUAUUUAAUUAUGGGUUAGUGUGGGAUGACAGUGGGGGAUCCCCGUGGUCCUUAAAUAAGACCAUUGAUUGGCGCGAGUCAUUUUCGUCUAUAAUAAUAAUAAUAAUAAUAAUAACAACAAUAACUAUUUAAUUACAUAAUUUACUGGUAAUAAUAAUAAUGGUGUAGUUGGAGAAAAUAAUAAACAGUAGUGUAGUAACUGAUAAAUAUAAUUGAUAAUAACAAUAAUAAUAAUAAUUAUUAUUAGACCACCACGGGUGUUUGUCUCCUCGUGCCCUGAAGCAAAAUGGCUGCUUGUGAACAUAUGACAAUAAAUAAUAAUAAUGAUAAUAAUAAUGAUGAUAAUAAUAGUAAUUUGAUGACAGUUAUCAAGAAUAGUGUAAACAUAAGUUUUGUUGUUGCUAACAGUUGCAUUGUCGGUAAUAAAAGUUUUAUUUAUAAAAACAGAAUCAUCAGCAGCGGCAAGAGAAGCAGAACUAGAGCCAGCUCCUGGUUGACAACGGGCCGCUAUUUAAAGCGGUUCUGUCGGCAACACUGACUUACGGGGCACUGCCGAGGGUGGCGGGCAAUCAGAAGCAAGAGAGGCUGCCCAGAGGCAGGCCACCAAACCGAGGGUCAUUUUCUGAUAACGAAACUCACGAGGAGAACGGCACCACGUCGUGGAGCGAUGAUAAUCCGGGGUCAACGAGUAUGGCCAUGCACGCCACCACUACCACCACGACCGCCACCACCACCGUCAACAAGUUGUUCCCUGGAUGGCAAUGCUCCGUCUGUGCAGUCUACACGAAUCAUGUUGCUCUGAAUGACAGCAACGACAAUAACCACGACGGUGAGCAGGAGGACCACGACAACAGCGAGCCCGACGACGACGACAACAAUCAUCCUCGGGAGUAUUGUUCUGACAGCAAAAACCAGGAGAUAAUUUGCCCUGGCUGCGGUAAAUCGUCGCCACCGCUUCAAGCGGCGGCGUUGGUGGUGGCCACUUUGUCACCUGACACCCCGACCCCGUCCUCUACCUCUUUGUCCUUGUCCUCAUCACCGUCCUCGCCUACCGCAGUCUCUGAAUCGCCGCCUACUCCACCGCCGAGACAAACUUCUACUGGAGAUCUCCCAGCGCCUUCACCGCCGACGUCGUCGUUGCCUAGAGACAUCACCUCCGAUGACAUCAACGGUGUCAACAAUAAAAACAACGAACGUAAUUCUUUAACCCGCGGCAGUAAGAUAAAUCCGGUGGCAGACAUAACGAGUCGCGCAAGACGAAACUCUUGGCCGUGUGUGAAUCAUUAUCGAGAGAACCCGAAACGAUCGCCUUCGUUACCGUUGCUGGUCACUCGGUGGACGUGUAUCCGUUGUCUCCAGGGUAAUUGUUGCAGCGCACCGUCUCCUGUUUGCACGGCGUGCGGAGCCAGUUCAACUAUUGCACAGACUAAUGGGAAUUUAAUUGGCGUGAGACGUGGCAAGCGACUGAAAGCACUGAAACUCAGUAAUAAACAAGAGCCACGUGGUGACAUAGUUGCCACUGUGGCUGCUGGACUGGUGGCAAGAAUACUUGAUGUAGGCUGUGCGAAUCUUGGCACCUCGGCAGUACUGGACCGAGACGAGGGGAUGGCGCAGCUGAGCGGAUUCAGUAGAGGCGACAGGUCACAGCCUAAUCGAGAGAAUUGGACUCUCCCGCCUGUUGAAACUAUGGAUCCAUCAACAAUCCACGGGACUCUCUCGUACGGUGACACAGCGGCACCAGAUACUUCGCAACGAUCUCCAAAACGUCACAGUCCUUCAGUUUACGAACGUGUAAAGUCUAAAGUGAGUCGUUCAUUGUCCAAUGGUUCGGUUGUCCAGCAGAAGUUACCUGAUCACGGAAUCCAACGACCAACAAGUCUCAUUGUUGCCGAAGCUCAUCAAGAUGACGCUCUGUGGAGUUGUGAUAACUGUACCCUAGACAAUGCACCAGAUCUAGAGCAGUGCGAGGCAUGCGAAGCACCAAGAAGUCCAACACCUUGCAGCGGCGUCGUAAUCAGCGUACCCUCAUGGGAGUCACGGCCUUUGUCAUCAGCAGGUCCCCUGUCCUACCGCAGAUCUUUCUCGGAAAUAGACGCUGUUACAAACGCAACGCAAAAGAAAAUCGUUAAUCGUCGCAGCCUAAAUGACGAUGAGCCACCAGCAGUACCACCGCAUUCAGUAGGUUUUAAUUCCCGGCCUAAGUACUCGUACAUCGGAAUAACUGACCCUGAUGCUCCACCACCGUUGCCGAAGAAACAGAGCAGCAAGAUGGCAUUAGCUGUGGUCUCACAGCGCGCCCGCAGUGAAUCUACUAGUCCCGUGGAUACUCCUGGAUCAAGUCCACUCAGACGUAUGUGGACCUGUCGCAAGUGCUCUUAUGCUUACAAUCCGCUCUGGUCAAUCGGUUGUGAUAUCUGUAGCUCAUCGCGAACUCCCCCAUCUCUGCUGCAACCUAGCUUAAUUACCGUGACUAAGGAUACGCUUAAUUGUCGCCCUCACAUUCCGCAGUCGCCGAUCGUCGUGUCGCGUGACAGUGUUAGAUACAUACCAAAAGCAACCCUGGCUACCGCCGAGUCUGACUUUGAUGAUUCCUCGAUUGAAUCAUCUCCAUUGCCGUUACCUGGACCCGCGUGGACCUGUAAAAAAUGUACCUUAGUAAAUCCCGCCUCGAGAGCGACCUGCGAAGCUUGCGGUGGGUCAAAGCUACGCAGCGUCACUCACAUUGAGGAUCCAACUUUGAGAAAAGGCGAGAGCUGGGUCUGCCCAUCCUGCACACUUAGGAAUCCUCUCACUGCCCAAAAUUGCAAUGCCUGCAAAACACUCGCUGAUUUUUUGGAAAUACCGAGGGACAACCGUGUCGCGGGUCAACGAAGUCCCAGUCCGCGACUGUCCAGUGGAAGUGGAAGCGGAAGCGGGUUAGCAAGCAACAUCAGCAGAAUAUCCACACCCAGACACAGAAAUUCGGUGAGAAGAAAUGGUCCGAGCGUCCAGAGCGACAAGCGACACUCGAAGAUCAAAGAAUCGACUGUUGCUCAGUGGCACUGUAAGUUGUGUACCUUUGAAAAUAAAAGCACUAACGGUGUAUGCGAAAUGUGCCAAAGCUCAAAGUCGCUGUCGCAAACUCCUGGUAAUAUACCGCGUUUCAGUGAACCUGGUGUCAGUACGCUGAGAAUACAGCGCCAGGAAAGUGUUGUGAUGGAAAACUUGAGGCAUAUUGAGGAAAGAGAAGCCUUAGAAAAGUGGGAACGGAUUGUGCGUUAUUGCAAAGAGACAAACGAACCAUUUGUUGACGAUUCAUUCCCACCAGCACCUAAAUCACUGUACUAUAACCCGCUGGACACUAAAGAUAAUCACGUGGUACAGUGGAGAAGGCCACACCAGAUAAACGUCGACUCUAGCGUCGAUUCAAAACUGCCUUGGGCCGUAUUCAGAACUCCACUACCUUCGGAUAUAUCGCAAGGUGUCUUGGGAAACUGCUGGCUGCUAUCGGCGCUGGCCGUUCUCGCGGAGAGUGACGAGCUGGUGAGACGCGUGUUGGUGAUGCGCGAAACCUGUCCCGAGGGCGCUUACCAGGUCAGACUGUGCAAAGACGGCAAGUGGACUACGGUACUUGUCGACGAUCUCUUGCCUUGCGACAAAAGAGGACAUCUAGUUUACUCCCAGGCGAAAAGAAAACAGCUGUGGGUCCCGUUGAUAGAGAAAGCCGUCGCGAAAAUCCACGGGUGCUACGAAGCUUUGGUGUCUGGACGUGCUAUCGAAGGACUGGCGACGCUCACCGGGGCGCCGUGCGAAAGUGUACCUCUACAACCUUCCGCACUGCCCAGCGAGGACGAGCUCGACAAAGAUCUAAUAUGGGCGCAGCUGUUGUCCUCAAGACAGGCGAUGUUUCUGAUGGGCGCCAGCUGCGGAGGCGGCAACAUGAAGGUCGACGAGGAAGAGUAUCAGCGGAGAGGACUGCGACCACGCCAUGCGUACUCGGUUCUAGAUGUCAGAGACGUCCAGGGGAUCAGAUUGCUGCGUUUACGCAACCCCUGGGGCCACUACAGUUGGAAAGGCGACUGGUCUGAUGAUAGCCCAGUCUGGACGCCGCAAAUGCGUGAAAUGUUGAUGCCACAUGGUGCUUCUGAUGGUGUCUUUUGGAUUUCUUUUGAUGAUGUCCUUAAAUACUUUGACUGCAUUGACAUUUGCAAAACACGUGUUGGUUGGAGUGAAGUUAGAUUACGUGGUACUUUACCACCACUUUCGUCAUUGAGACAUUUGUCAUGUGUGCUGCUGACUGUACUUGAACCCACGGAAACGGAAUUCACGUUAUUCCAAGAAGGCCAACGGAAUUCGGAAAAAUCACAACGUUCUCAGUUAGAUCUCUGUGUCGUUGUCUUUCGAACAAGAUCUCCAGCAGCACCGCAAGUUGGUAGACUAGUAGAGCACAGCAAACGUCAAGUCCGCGGAUUCGUCGGCUGUCACAAGAUGCUGGAGCGAGAUCUGUAUAUUGUCGUUUGUCUGGCAUUCAACCACUGGCACACGGGCAUGGAGGACACAUCAAGCUACCCUGAGUAUGUCCUGGCUAUUCAUAGUUCCAAGCGACUCUUAGUCGAGCAAAUAUCACCUCCAGCAUUCGUCCUCGCGGAUGCGAUUAUCAGUUUAACUUUAGCCAAAGGACAGCGGCAUGAAGGAAGAGAAGGUAUGACUGCUUAUUAUCUGACCAAAGGCUGGGCUGGUCUCGUUGUCAUGGUAGAAAAUCGUCAUGUUAAUAAGUGGAUCCACGUUAAAUGUGACUGUCAUGAAAGUUACAAUGUCGUAUCAACAAGAGGACAAUUGAGAACUGCCGACAGUGUGCCCCCUCUCCAUAGGCAAGUUAUCAUCGUGCUGACGCAAUUAGAAGGAAGCGGCGGGUUUUCAAUAGCUCACCGUUUGACCCAUCGACUUGCCAACAGUGGAAACUUACACGACUGGGGUCCACCCGAUACCCAGCAUUGCCCGCAAAUAGACACCCAAGUUGAAGGUCUACACAGCCCUCGAUUAAUAACGUGAACAUGAUCCUAUCCUAUUUAUUUUAAUCAUCGAAAUUAUCACUGAUUAAUUAAUUACUUGGUCAACAAGUUUCUAUAAUAAACAAACAAAUGGACAAGGUAAUUUAUUAUUUAAUUAACAACCAUGACAAAGUUACUUGUGAUUAAAAUUUAUAAAAAAACAAAGAUAAAAAAAAAAUUGUCGUGGUUUUUUUUUAUUGUGAUAAAAAAAUGCAUAAUUAUCGUGACAGUGAUAAAAAUAAAACUGAGACAUUGAUGCACGAUAUAAUAAUAAAUAAAUGUGAAAACGUGGAUACUAGAUUUAAAUUAUUGGUUUUAGAAAUAAAAUAAAAUGAAAAUCGACAAUUGAUACUCAAAACAUUAUCUGAUAAAAAAAAAAAAAUAAGUGAACACUCUGCUUGCUAAUAUACGAAAAAAAAAACUAAAAUAAAAAUAAUUAUUUUCUCAACAUAAUUAUUAAGUAUCGUACGUAUAAGAUAUUUAGAUGUGUGAGAGAUACUACAUACAUAUACACAUAUAUAUAAAUGUGUUAUUUUGUACGUAAAUUAUUUUAAAAUUUAUUAUUUUUUUCUUCUAACAAGUCAUGCGUCAGAAUUAUCUCGAACUCAUUAUUAAAUACAUUACGCCUUAACCGAAAAAAAAAAAAUAUAAAUUGAUAAAAUUUGUUCAUAUAUAAUAUAAUAAUAAUAAACGGAUUAACAAGAGUGCAUUUAACUUCAUACUCUCACGAUACCAAAGAUACUUAAGUGAAAAAUAAAUAAAAUAAUUAAUUACACGGUGUUCGAUCAUUAUUUUUAUUUUUCGUGCUAAUUAAGUAACAUGCGAGACUGGUUUAUUUGAUAUUAUUAUUUUUAUUAUUAUUAUUAUUGUUUUAAUUAAAUAUGUAUCGCUAUUUCAUAAGUCAAUCAUGUUUCGUUGUUUACGAUAAUGCGUGCUAUCGAUUCUCACUACUCAGAUUAAGGACAUUCUCAGACAGUGUCCCCCAUUUUUUAAAAAUUUAAAAUUACUCAACUGUCAAGCGUAUCAAAUUUUUGUCAAUUAAUUAAAAAAAAAUUAAAACCUUAAUUGAAAAAAAGACGACGUAGUCGUAAUUUUGUUGAGAUAUAGAAUUUUUUAAAAAUCACUUACAGUUGAUAUCAAUUGGCAGUUAAAAAAAAUUUGGCAAAUAAAUUUUGGCAUGAAAAAAUUCACUGAAAAUAAAAUCCUCCUAAUUGAUAUUAAGUAUAAAUAACUUUUUUUAAAAUUUGAUAAUCUUGACAGUAUAAAGUCAUAGUAAAUUUUUGAAAAGUCGGGAUCACUGUCUGCGAAUGCCCUUAUUAUAUUUAUUAUUGAUAUUAUUAUUAUUAUUAUUUUUAUUAUUUCCUUUUUAUUUAAAUGUUACCAUUAUCAGUUCUCAUGAUCACAUAAAUAUUUAAGUUGAGCUGUAGGAUUAAAAAUUUUUAAUUUAAGUUUGUAAUAAUUAAUUAAAAUUUCUGGUUACAUUUUUUAACUGCAAAAGAAUUUAAUUUUUUUUUUUUUUUUUUUUGUGGCAGGAAUAAUUAUCAAAAUUUAUAAAAUAUAACCAGAAUUUUAAAUAAUUAUAUAAUUAUUAAAUAGUGUGGCUUUUUAUUAGUAAUGUGCACUUGUAUGACUAAUUUGUUGAUGCAUAAUAUACUUGUAGCACAAUUAGUUGUAAGUAUUUAAUUGAUCUAGCAAAUAUUUGGCUAUAAAUAUUCCAUCGUAUUCUUGAUAUAUUUCGCUGCUAAUUAAAGAGCUGAUAAAAUAAUUUUAUUUAAUUAGGUUUUAUUGAGUUUUUUUUAUGUUUAUUAAUGUUGGGUAAUUAAUUAUUUAUAGAUUUUUUUAAUUGAAAAUAAAAAUAAAUGAUUUUUUAUUUUUGAGCUUUUGGCAAAAUAUAUAAAGAAAAUAAAUAAAUAUCGUUUAUUAUUUUUAAUAUUCGAUGUUUAAAAAAAUAAAUUUAUUAAAAAAUAAGUAAAUAUAAUAAUAAUAAGUGUGAACAAUAAUUAUUUGUGUUCUAUAUCGAUCUAAUUAUAUUGUAAGAUUGUUAUUUUUUUUUUCAUUUGUUGAAUUAUUUUUAAAUAAUUAUAAUAAUCACAAUAAAUGUCUUGAGUAAUUAAGUAUCACGGCUUGUUACUUUUAAUCGUAAAUAAAUUUAAAAAAUCUUAAUGCCAAUAAAUAACGAAGCCUUCAUAGAACACUUUUAAUAAAAGUAAUAGAUAAGACCAUUUGCUAAUAAAAAAAAAUGUGAUGCUUCUAAUGAAAAAGUUUUUAAAAAAAUUAUAGUUGUUUUUAAAAUAUAAAACUGCCAUGUCCAUGUCAUCAGACGACGGUAACAGUAAUAGCGGACGUACUUUUUAUAAAUUAAUAAAUUAAUUGUCAUUAAAAUUCAUUAUGAUCUUGAAUAAGAAGACAAUUGACAAUUUUUGAAUUUUUUUUUCAACAAAUAAGUGAAGAAAAAAAAAAACUAAAAAUGUGCACAUGUGGAAAAUCAAAAAAACUCUAAGAGCAAUUUUGUGACGUUUUUUUUUUAAUUUAUUAUUUUAAAAACAAAUUCAAAAAUUAUUCAGUAGAAAAAACUCUGGUACUGAAGUUACUCGACGUCUUAUAAU